AUGAUAGUGGAAGCUAGUACGAAGGCUGGAAGACCAUGGACAAAUGGAGCAUAUUAUAAGCAGUGGAUGGAAGAAAUCGGCUUUGUUGACAUUGUGGAGAGAAGGGAGUUUGCACCCAUGAGCCCGUGGGCAAAAGGCCAGAGAAACAAAGUCUUGAGCGUGUGGGUACAAAAAAACGUGCUGAUGGGUCUGGAAGCAAUGAGUAUGGCCUUAUUCACAAGAGUUUUGGGAAUGGAAAAAGAGCAGGUGAAAGAGUUGUUGGUAGCAGUCAAAGCAGACAUUGAAAACAAAAGGAUACAUUGUUACUCCGAAGGUGUACGGUAG